AUGGAUUCCCGCGAGAGUAGUCCCUAUCUUACAGAAGCGGUAAAAGCUGGUGCAGCCCUGAUGGGUGUAGCCUAUGAAGGCCACGGUCUCCUAACUACACCACAAUUACAUUAUAUCGUAAGAUGUAAGAACGACCCUAGUUUCGGUGACGCCCGAGAAAUUGGAUACUACGCACGAAUAUCGGACGCGUUCAAGAAGUUCUGUAAGCUGUCUAGUUUUGGUAGUUUUGUAGCUGCGUAUCGUAUUCAUACACUAAUUCCGACUGGAGAAAAACUCCGGACUCAAAAUAUUGUGUACACCCAGUACAAGCACAACGUAUAUUAG